CAUGUGUGCGCAUAUGAAAUGCAAGGGGGAGAGUGGGGCAGGGAAAGACUGGGUGGUGCGGGGCAGUGCAGCAUUGCCUUGUUCAUAGCGCGCGCAUCCCUCUCUCUCUUGCUGUGGCGGGCGCACGGUGCAGCAUCCGCGAUGGCCACCAGCGCUAGCGCCAGCGUGGCGCCUGCAGCGCUCGUCGGGCACGGCAUCUUUGCCGUCGUCGUCUUUGCUGUCGUCUCGCUGCUCUCCAUACGCCCACUCACCCUGCGCCUGCAUCUGCGUCUGCGUCUGCUCACCGCACAGCAGCAACAGCAGCAGACGGCAGCAGGGCCGACACUGACGGUGCGGAUCGACCAUGUAGCUGCACCGCUGCUUGGGGUCCUCCUGCUGCUCGCCACGCGCACCAUCGGAGCUGAGCAGGUCCGGCUGGGCAUCAGCGGCGAGGGCCACAUUGAGCCAUACGACGUGCUCGCUCUCUUCCUUUCACUCGCGUAUAUUGCCAUCUCGCUCGACGCGACCGGCUUGCUCCGCUCGCUCGCCUUGCUCGUCUGCAUCCGUGGCGGCGGCAGGGGCCUCCGACUCUACCUCCUCCUCUAUGCCUUCUUCUGGACACUCGGCGUCGCCGUCGGCAACGACCCCGUCAUCCUCUCUGGCACCGCGUUCCUCGUCUACUUUACACGCGUCGCCGGGAUCACUCCGCCCAGCGCGUGGAUCUGGGCCCAGUUCGUCGCGGCCAACGUCUCCUCCGCCGUGCUCGUCAGCUCCAACCCGACGAACCUGGUCAUUGCCAAGGGCUUCGGCAUCGGCUUUGGCACAUACACUGCGUAUAUGCUCCUCCCUAGCGCCGCCAGUGCGCUCGCCACCGUCUCCGUUCUCCUUCUCUUCUUCCGCAACCGCCCGCCGCCGCGCGCAAGCCAGCGUCCUCGCCGCAGCAAUGGCGUCGGCACCGACGCCGUUGCUGCACAUGCCGCGAAGAGCUCGUCCGCAUCCCACCCCGCGCACCACGGCACGACGCUCUCAAAGCGCGCAGCGCAUCAAACAAACAUACCAGAAGGCGCUAGCAGCAUCGGCGACCGCGACGCAGACUCGGAAACGAGACACGCCGACGCGAGCGACCUGCAACCGACGAUCUUCAUCCCGCGCACCAUCGUCCCGCCAGACGUCUCACCGCGCGCGGCGCUCGUUGACCCGUGGGGUGCGCUCUUCACCAGCGCCGUCAUGCUCGCCACGCUCAUCCUCCUUGUCGCCACCAGCGUCGUUGGCGGCGUCAAGGUGUUCAUGGUCGCCCUCCCGGGCGCCGUGCUCUGCCUGCUCCGCGACACCGCAUACGACUCGCUCCGCUGGCGCAAGGCCAGGAAGGAGAGGGAGCGUCAGAGAUGCAAGUCCAGGCCGAGCGCGAGUGCGAGGACGAAGGCUGUGCAUGGCAAGAACGAAGAGAUACAGAGGGAGCGGGAGCGGGAGCGGGAGAAGGAGCACGAGCACGAGCACGAGCGGGAGCAGAAGGAGGAGGCGCCUGAGGUGCAAGGAGAGCAGAUGGAUGAAAAUUCGCCACGAAAGGCUACAAUCGAAGCAGAGAGCGAUGCGAUCGAGUUGCAGACGGUGCUGCCUGCGCGCAUCACGGAAGAGGCGGCGUCUAGAAUCGAUACACCAUCGUCAAGCGUCCCCCCUCCCAUCAGCUCCAUGGCCGCUCUUGAGCCUUCGGAGUCCCGCAAAAGCAUCCUCACGAAUGGAUCGGCGUCGAUCGCUGGCAGCUUUCAGCAAACGCUCCAGCCCCAACAGCAGCAGCAGCAGCGGAGGCGGCGGCGUCUGUUCACAACGCGCAUCGCCGCCGUCCCCGCGCGCCUCGCGUCCGUUUUCCCAACCGUCGCGGUCGUCCUCUCGCGCCUGCCGCUUCCGCUGCUCCCGUUUGCGUUCAGCAUGUUCAUCCUGGUCCAAGGCCUCGCGCAUGUCGGCUUCAUCGACAUUGUGGCGCGCGGCCUUGGCCGGGUCUGCGCGCACGGUGGCGCCGCCGGCACCGCCUUCUUCAUCUCCACGCUCGGCGUCGUCCUCUGCAACAUUGCCGGCACCAACAUCGGCGCGACCAUCCUGCUCACCAAGGCGCUGCAGUCCGACCAGUUCUCCGCACAGCUCGCGGCACACGCCAGCACGGAUAGUGCCGAACUCAUCACCAAAGCGGCCAUCUACUCGGUCGCGUUCGGGUCCAACGUCGGCGCACUGGGCGGCUCCUUUGCCGCGUCGCUCGCAGGCCUGCUCUGGCGCCAAGGCCUGCGCCAGGGCGGGGUCAUCGUCGGCGCCAGGCAAUUCGCGCUGUGGUGCGCCGUCAGCAUCGUCCCUGCCACCGCUGUGGGCGUCGCGGUUCUGCUCGCAGAAGUUCAGUAUUUUCACAUCGGAGGCACCGAGGCGCAAGCCUGAAAAAAAAAGUCGCUGCUUCUAUCGCAUUCGCAUAUCGACCAACUAGCAGUGGCGCAAUUUCUACCACGAGUGAGGCCCUGAUGAAUGAUUUGAAAAGGAGUGCCAGUUUGCAAGAGGCUAUGAUACAGAUGACAACACGUGAAUUGAAUGCUGGAAGGGUGUAUGUUGUGGUGCAGGCGGAAUUCGCAUAAUUUCAAUUUUGC